AUGAAGAUCCUCACUGGCUAUCAUCUAAUCUACAAGAUCCUCAAUGGUUAUCAUCUAAUCUACAAGAUCCUCACUGGCUAUCAUCCAAUCUACAAGAUCCUCAAUGGUUAUCAUCUAAACCACAAGAUCCUUUCUGGCUAUCAUCUAAUCUACAAGAUCCUUACUGGCUAUCAUUUAAUCUACAAGAUCAUCGCUGGCUAUCAUCUAAUCUACGAGAUCCUCACUGGCUAUCAUCCAAUCUACAAGAUCCUCACUGGUUAUUAUCCAAUCUACAAGAUCCUCAAUGGUUAUCAUCUAAUCUACAAGAUCCUCAAUGGCUAUCAUCCAAUCUACAAGAACCUCACUGGUUAUCAUCCAAUCUACGAGAUCCUCAAUGGUUAUCAUCUAAUCUACAGGAUCCUCACUGGCUAUCAUCUAAUCUACAAGAUCCUCACUGGCUAUCAUCUAAUCUACAAGAUCCUCACUGGCUAUCAUCUAAUCUACAAGAUCCUCACUGGCUAUCAUCCAAUCUACAAGAUCCUCACUGGUUAUUAUCCUAUAAACACGAUCCUCACAACAGUUAUGAUCCAAUCUACACGAUUCUUACUGGUUAUCAACCAAUCAACAAGAUCAUCAAAACAGUUAUGA